AUGUAUGUGGGCUAUAUAUUGGAUAAAGAAGUAAGCAUGUACCCAGGGCCCGUUAGACGACCAAGCAUCAAUUUAUCCACACAGAACUUCGUUUCUCCUCCACAAUAUUCGGAGUACGCGGGAUAUCAUGUGCCUAAUAUGGAAAAUCACCCCCAAACCUCGGUGUCUUGGACCUCUCCGUAUGGUCCACCAAGGGAGGACUGGAGUUCUUAUGGACCCGGCCCAUCGAACGCAGUGCCAGUGCAGAUAAGUAACUCUACUCCAGGGCAGGUUCCUUACAGCCCGCCUGACUAUAACGCCAUGAACCCCUCUGCUGCAGGGAUCCUUCCUCCCUUAGAUGCAACUUCAGGGGGACAAACGUCGCCUAAUAGCCAAAGGCGGAAUCCUUAUGAAUGGAUGAAGAAAACAGCACAGAUCUCUGCUGCAGGUAAAACCCGGACAAAAGACAAGUACAGGGUAGUUUACACAGAUCAUCAGAGGCUUGAGCUGGAAAAGGAAUUUCACUACAACAGGUACAUUACUAUCAAGAGAAAAUCGGAACUGGCAACCAUCCUGGGACUCUCAGAAAGACAGGUGAAAAUCUGGUUCCAGAAUCGAAGGGCCAAGGAACGGAAGAUGACCAAGAAACAGUUGGCUCAGUCUGAUGGCUGUCUGGCUCCCCAUGGCCCAGGUCCAGGGAGUCCUGUAGAGAUGGCGGGGCAGAUGCUGCUUGGGGGCCACAUCUCAGGGGGUCCGUCUGUGGGGAAUAUGGCCCAAGUAACUGUCACACUCUAA